UUGAAAGAUUUAAUUGCAUUUCAAAUUUUAGUGAUCCAGUAGACUACAUAAUUCUAAAAAAAAACCUUACUAUUGAAAGAACUUCAAACUACUUUCAAGUGAAACAAUUCGAUGAAUUAGGACGAAUGACUUAGAAAACGGUUGUUGUUGUUGUUUUCAUGCUAAGGCCGGAGUGGCCUGUGCUGCACAUAGAAGUUUUCUCCAUUCAGCUCGGUCCAUGGCUGCACGUCGCCAACCACGCAGUCUGCGGAGGGUCCACAAAUCGUCCUCCAACUGAUCGAUCCACUUAGCUCGCUCUGCACCUCGCUCUCCUGUUCCCGUCGGAUCAUUGUCGAGAGCCAUUUCACCGGAUUGCUGUCAGACAUUCUGGCUACGUGCCCGAUCUACCACAGUCUUUCGAUUUUCGCGGUGUGAACGAUGGAUGGUUCUCCCUUAUGCUGAUUGCAGAUGCAACUCGUGAUUCAUUCGCCUCCUCCACGUACUGUCCACCAUCUGCACUCCACCAUAGAUGGUACGCAGCACUUUCCUUUCGAAAACUCCCAGUGCACGUUGGUCCUCCACGAGCAUCGUCAAGGUCUCGUGUCCGUAGAGGACUACCGGUCUAAUAAGCGUUUUGUAGAUAGUCAGUUUGGUAAGGCGGCGAACUUUAUUCGAUCGAAGCGUUUUGCGGAGUCCAAAGUACGUACGAUUUCCUGCCGUGAUGCGUCUCCGAAUUUCUCUGCUGGUAUCGUUAUCGGUGGUCACCAGUGAGCACAUGAAUUCUUCAACCAGCUCGAUUUCGCCACCACCAAUAUAAACUCGUGGUGGGUGGCUUACGUUGUCCUCUCUUCCUAUCAUGUACUUCGGCCUGCCUCCAAUCCGUUUAGAUUCGCUUUUCAGUCUGAUGUAGGCGUCCACCAUCCUCUCAAAGUGCCAUAAUAUCUACGUCGUCGGCGAAACCAAAUAAGUGGACGGACUUCGUGAAAAUCGUACCACUCGUGUCAAUCCCUGCCUACGUAUUACUCCCUCCAGAGCGCUGUUGAAUAACAUACACGAAAGACUAUCACCUUGCCGUAACCCUCUGCGGGUUUCGAAGGGACUCGAGAAUGCCUUUAAAGCUCGAACUUCACACAUCACCCAAUCCACCGUCGCCUUGAUCAACCGUAUCAGUUUAUCCGAAAAUCCGUUUUCGUGCAUUAGCUGCCAUAGCUGGUCCCGAUCGAUUGUAUCAUAUGCGGCUUUGAAGUCGAUAAAUAGAUGAUGUGUGGACACGUUGUAUUCGUGGCAUUUCUCCAAUACCUGACGUACGGUGAACACCUGAUCUAUGGUAAACCGUUCAUCCAUAAGUCCUGCCUGGUACUUCCCCACGAAAUUUCUUGCACUUAUUGUUAGUCGACGGUAUAAAAUUUGUGAGAGUACCUUAAGUACGGCGUUCAGCAUUGUGAUUGCGCGAUAGUUGCUACUAUCCAGCUUAUCACCCACACGACACCUUCCAGCCACUCCUGCGGCAGUACAUCAUUCUCCCAAACUUUGGCAAUUACCCAGUGCAACGCUCCAGCCAGUGCCUCAUCACCGCAUUUGAAUAGCUCUCCUGGUAGUUGGUCAACACCAACUUUGUGUUGUGUUUCAGCCGGCUUUGUUGUGUUUCAGCCGGCCAAUCUUCUCCUGGAUUUCCUGGAGAUCUAGAGCCAAAAACGUAUAUUCUGCGCGCGUGCUCUCAAGUUCGCCACUAUGCCGCCACAUUGCCAUUCAGGUGCUUUUCGAAGUGUUGCCGUCACCUUUGAGUUACCUCAUGUUCAUUCGUAAGAAGGUUCCUUUCUAUGUCCUUACACAUAUCGGGCUGUGACACGUGGCCCUUACGUGAGCGGUUUAUCUUCUCAUAUAACUGUCGUGCAUUAUAAGCACGAUGCUGUAGCUCAGUCUUUUACGGUCUCUGACUUCGUGCUGGCGCUUUUACUUCCUAGUUUUGUCUGUUCCGCGCCCGUUUGUAUCGUGCCUCGUUCGCCCUCGUGCGGUAUUGCAGCAAUCGCGCCGAUGCUGCAUUCUUCUCUUCCACUAACUGCUCACAUUCGCCGUCGUCAUACCAGUCGUUUCUCUGAUCCGGGGGGAACCAUUGCAAGUGCAGCAGUUGCGGUGCUACCAAUGGCGGAUCGAACAACUCUCCAGUCAUCUUCAAGAGAAACUGCGCCUAGCUGCUCUUCUAUUGGGAGUGCCUAGCUGCUGUGCGUAGUCUUGGGCUAGUCGAACGUCUUGUAACCGCUCAAUGUUGAGCCGCGGCGGACGAUUCCGACGCGUGUUGUACACCAUCGAGAGUUUUGAGCGCAACAAUACUGCAACGAGGUAGUGGUCGGAUUUAAUAUUCGCACUGUGGUAAUGCGGAUGUUCGUGAUGUCGGAGAAUAAUUUGCCGUCGAUUAGAACGUGGUCGAUUUGGUUUUACGUUCUUUGUUAGGUGAUCUCCAUGUGGGCCUGUGGAUAUUCUUGCGGGGGAAGAAAGUGCUUCGGACAACCAUGCCACGGGAGGCUGUAAAGUUUAUACAUCUUUAUACGUUUUCGUUCGAUACGGUAUGCAGACUAUCACGUCCGAUGACCGGUCUUACCCUCAGCUUGCGUUAAUUGGCUGCCACCCAAUCACGUUGGCGCAUCUUGCCCAGCACUAUGAAGCCGGUUCCCAGCUCGAUGGUGGUGCCACAGUUUUGGUAGAAAAUAGCCACUCGAUGCUCUUUUUGCUCUGCCCAGCAGAUUCCCUGCAACGCCACGACGUCGAAGUUGCGGGGAUGUAAUUUAUCGUACAUUAUCCUGUCGUAACCUGCGAAAUCUAGAGACAUGCAGUUGCAUGGUCCAAGCUUCAAAUCAUGAUACUUUAGUCGUCGCCUAGGUCGCCGACACAUCAAUGUCAGCCAAAUAUAAAAACGGUGUCUUGAUGUGCGCUUUUUAUUAUACAAACAAAUUUCCAAAGAACUUAUUAUUAUUGAAAAAUAAUCCACUUAUCCGGACCUACGUACGAAACCAUGCUGCACGAAAAUAGCAAUUAAAAACGAUAAUUGGUCAUUAUAGCCUAUAUCAAAAAUCUGAUAGUUUUGCAAUUUAGCACAGCAGCUCGGCAUGACUGAUAAGGCAUUUCGGCAGUUGACUAUGCGCAUCACACUCGCUCUGAUCGUGUGUUUAGCGUCCCGUAUUCUGAGCGCUAACUUGUCAUGGUAUCCGGGAUUUUUAGAUAAUAGGCCAUUCACUGUCCGUACAACCAGGUUCCUGUGCACCGGCCAUCCCCAGUAUUGCAGGAUAGAUGUCUGCAAGCUGAAACUCCACCGCAAUGGUUCGUCAACGAUUUCCUUUCGAGCAAUUUUUCCGGAACCACUGCAACCCGUCUACGGGGCAAUGAAAAUAUGGUACAAAACCAACGUGAAUGUCUGGCGACCACUGCUGGGCAUCGACGAAUGGGGUGACAUUUGCCAGUUUCUGGGCGCGACCGAGAAUAAAUUUACAAUGAUGCAGGUAAUCUACAGUCACACGUUGAAGCAAAUGAUGCCAAAUGUAUCGCUCACCUGUCCACUGCAGGGCUCUAUUGAAUAUAAGGACUUUACAUACUACGAUUAUAUGUUUCCACCCUUUUUACCAGCGGGCAAUUAUCGCAACGACAUAACUCUUCUGACCCCCAACAACCAUACUAUUUUAGCUCUUCAAUAUUAUGGUACAGUUCGAGCAAAAGGAAUUUUUGACCUAAGCAUGGGUUAACCUUUCAUUUAUAUUGUUCAUUAUA